AUGCUACGGACUGCUUCUCUCGCUGCUGCGGCUCUCGUUGGGUUAUUGGCCGGCCCAGCACGCGUUUUUGGCGCCAGCAGCAAGUUCUGCGAAGGCGGAAGCUGGUCAACCCUGGGUAAAACCGGCGGUAAUGACAGAUUCCGAGGAGACGUCGAUGCCCCUUCGGGCGACUUUAAAGUUCAGGGAAAGUUCGUCGAGUUCAUGAUCGACCCCUCGAACUUCGCAGUCUACAACUAUGCGUGGCUCGGCAAGGAGAACGUUGGGGACAUGACUGAUGGCCAGUACACGACCAUCUUUGCCUCAAAGGUCCCUGACCACCGCGGAGCCAACUUGACGUCUAAGAUCUCACUCGAGAUCAAGGAAGAGGUUAUCAAGAUCUCCCGCACAGGAAACGGCGUCUCCGUAACGAUCUCUGCCAAGGACUGCGCCCAAGGUGGCAUCUUCCAGAUGGAGCCCGAACGCGCCGAUAACACCAGCACCCGCAUUGUCCACACCCUGGCCGAUGGUGCGUUCCAGUACGACAACCCCAUCUUCCGCAGCAACCUGGGCAAGUUCCUGGGCUCCGAGUGCGUUUCGGAGGCGGGCCCCGCGGCCGAGGCCUGCAUCCAGGUCAGGCCCCGGGUCAACAUCGGCGCCACGGGCCGUCCCAAGAUGGUGCUGCGCGACAGCGCCCAGGUCGCCUCCCGGCUGCCGCAGCCCGAGUGCGGGCCGGACUUCUCCAACAACCUGGGCAUCGGUGGCGAGACCACGGAUUACUGCGGCGGUAUGAGCAUCUGGGACGUCGCCAGCGGCGGCCGCAUGGGUAUGGUGACAGGCGAGGACUCGGUGGAGGUCGGCGCGCCGCCCGAUGUCUGCGUUUCCGACUGCUUUCCCGGAGACCACCCUGCCACGGGCGAGUUGGCUGUCCUUGGCUUCCCUGACCCUGUCCCCGAGGAGGUCAAGCUCAAGCCGUUCAUGAGCGAGCAGGGUUUUGACAGACCCUUGACGCAGUUUUGA